AUGUCCAGACUUCUCUCCAACUGCACCAGAGUCGGCCGCGUCUUGCGCAGCAGCAGCAGGCAUCUUGCGACCGACAGCACAGUGGGCUCGUACUACAAAACCACCGUGCUCCCAAAUGGCUUGACCGUGGCCAGCGAAAAAAUGCCCGGCACAAAGACAGCCACCGUGGGCAUGUGGAUAAACGCCGGGUCACGUGCGGACAACCCCUCCAGCAGCGGCACGGCGCAUUUCCUCGAGCACCUCGCGUUCAAAGGCACGGCCAAGCGGUCGCAGUACGCGUUGGAGCUCGAGAUCGAGGACUUGGGCUCGCAGAUCAACGCCUACACGUCGCGGGAAAACACCGUGUACUACACCAAGUGCUUGUCCACAGACUUGGAGCAGAACGUGGACAUUUUGAGUGAUCUCCUCACCAAGUCCCGGCUCGAGAAGCGUGCCAUCGAGAAGGAGCGCGCCGUGAUUCUCCAGGAGAGCGACGAGGUGGACAAGAUGUUUGACGAGGUGGUGUUUGACCACUUGCACGAGAUCGUGUUCCGCAACCAGGACUUGGGCCGCACCAUCUUGGGGCCGCGCGACAAGAUCCGCUCCAUCGACCGCGCGGACUUGGUCAACUACAUCGGCACCAACUACAAGGGCGACCGCAUGGCGUUGAUCGGCGUGGGCUGUGUGGACCACGACCAGCUCGUGUACCACGCCCAGAAGUACUUUGGCCACAUCCAGAAAAGCGCAGUUCCGUUCAAGCAGCACGGCGACGACCUCCCGCUUUUCUACGGCGCGGAAAGACGCCUCCAGGACGACUCCAUGCCCGUGACUCACGUGGCUCUAGCCGUCGAGGGCGUCAGCUGGUCUGCGCCUGAUUUCUUCACCUCGUCGGUGGCCAACGGCAUCAUCGGCUCGUGGGACCGAGCCGUGGGCAUCGGCUCGGACUCGCCCACGCCGCUUGCCGUGACUGCGGCCAUGGGCGGGCCCUCCAACACGCCGGUGGCGAACUCCUACAUGGCCUACACGACCUCGUACGCAGACACGGGCUUGAUGGGCGUGUACUUCACGGCAGAGAGCACCACCGACUUGUCGCUCUUUGUGAACGCGGUCUUGAACGAGUGGGCGCGCUUGAAGGCCGGCCAGAUUUCCGACGAGGAGGUCGAGCGGUCCAAGGCCCAGCUCAAGGCAUCGCUCGUAUUGGCCCUCGAUGACUCCACGGCCAUUGCGGAGGACAUCGGGCGCCAGCUCGUCAACACGGGCUACCGUCUUUCGCCGGAGGACGUGUUCGAGCGCGUCGAGAACAUCACCAAGGAAGACGUGGUCAACUGGGCCAACUACAGACUCAAGGACAAGCCCGUGGCCAUGUGUGCCAUGGGCAACUGCCGCACGCUUCCCUCGCACAGCGAGUUGACCCGCGGCAUGAGCUUGUAG